AUGGGAUUUUUGAGUGGUGUGCUUGGUGCGGUGAAAAACGAAAAUGAAGUGACAACUUAUGAUAAUUACAUCAGUGAAGGCAAUAAAAGGCUUAAAAGUGUACUUGACACCUUAAAUAAAAAAAUUGGCACCGGGCGUGAAGGGCUUGCGGAGUCUGUCGGCGCGGUGAAGGGGUGGUUGGAGGGGUAUGAGAGGGAGGUGGAGGAGAAAACAAAAACCAUAUUAAGUUGCGUUAGUGUCAUAAAAAAUAGUGUCGAAUCAAAUUUUAAUAAGAUUUCACAGCCUAAGAAUAACAAUGCUAAACCAAAUGAAUUUGUUGCCCUUGCCGAAGUUACGAACCACCUCAAGCAAUGCAUUGACACAGCUAUGAAAGGUACGGCUGCAGUUCUGGACGUCGAUAACUAUGGACUGAGGUCUUUGGAUCUGGACCUUCGUAAGAAGCUUAGAGAGCCAUUAAUGAAAGUUAAGCAUGAAGUUCAACGCUUUGGUAUGUCGUCGGAUAAAGACUUAUUGCAACUUGAGGAGAUGAAGAAAAACGUUAAUAAUACACUUGAAAUGUUGAAAACUACUUUGAAGCAGAGAAUUAAAUAUGAAGUGGCAUGCCUAGUGGGUACACUAAAACAGAAAGUUUGCGAUUUGAAAAAGCAGUUGAAAACCAUCAACGCGAAGUUGGCUAUCUAUGCAAGAAACAUGUACACAUGGAUCACGGAUGCGGAAAAAAUUGUUGGUGCAGUAAUAUACGAUGCGAAGGGAAUUGAGGACCAAGAUAUCGGAAAAAAUAUUCAGAAUGCGACAACCGCGACUGCAGAUUUUGUAGAAUCAUGGCAAUCGAAGUUGUCGAAACACUUCACUGAAGUUGUAGAAAAAGCACAGAAAGUUGAAAGUGUAGUGUCGCAAAUUGAUGCUCAGCUCAAAAAGGAUUUGGAGAGGAUGGAAGGUGCGAUUUUUGACCCUCUCAGUAGCAUUAAAACUCGUUCGCAAGCGUUAGAAUCGAAAUUUAAAGCAACCAAAAGUGCGAUAGAGAAAGCGAUUAAAAAAGUAGAGGGAGACAUCGCGCAACUUCAAAGUCUCGCAAAAUUUGAGGAUAUUGAUUCUUCACUUGGAGAUAAAACUAGGUUACUUAAAGCCAUCGGUGAUACAAGUAGCAAUUCAUUUGACACUCUAAAAGACUAUUUUUCGAAUAUUACCACCAAACUAAUGAUGCCGUUGAAGGAAGCUAUGGCAAGGAUAGGUGAAGGAGUUGGAAGGGUUGGUAAUAAGGUUAAAAAAGAUGAGUUCAACAGUGCAUUUGCGCCUCUUAGAUCUCAUAUAUUAGCUCCACUUCAAGAACUUCAGAAUGUUAUUAGUGGUGCUGCUAUGUCGUUUGAUAUCACUAAGGUUAGUAUCGAUGGUAUAGACAUGACAAGUAUACCUAAACUUACAGCCAGCAUCGGUCCCAAUAUAAGCAGUAUUCAAAAAUUGCUACCAAAGCUAAGAGGCCAUUCUAACUUGAUAACGCAAGAAGACUUACAAAAUUUAGUUCGGGAUCUCGGAAAGAUCCCUCAAGCCGUGUCAGAGCACUCCCAUAAGAUUGUGGAAACAGUAAUGACCACGGUGAAGAAUGAAGUACAAAAGGAAAUUGGAGAGGUGGUUACUGAAAUUGACAAAAGUGUCAAAGAUUGCAAAACGCUCGUCACGCAUUUGGGUGGCAAGGUCACACUCAAGAAAAUCAAAAUUGACGGAGAAGCAGUCUUAAGCGUUCAGAAGUUAUUGACUGAUUACCAUGACCAAAUAGAUAGAAAGCUUGAGGAGAUGAAGGAUACGCUCACCAAAAAAACCUUUAAGAAAAUGACGAGUGGUGGUAUUAACGGCAUAGAUGUCUCCCAAACAUUGACAACGUACCAUAGCUACAAAAACGAAACCCUCAAGCCAGCCGUCGACGCCGCACACAGCAAAGCGUCUGAAUUAGUCGCCCCCGAAAUCGACGCUGUAUUUAGCAACUUGUCUUCUAGAAUUAAAGAAAAUCUCGAUGCACUAUUGAAAGCCUUCGCAGAUACCGGCAAAAACAUCAAGAAUAAUAUGGAGAAUCUAAAAAAAUAUAUAUCUAAAGGUGAUGAUCGAAUUGGCCUUCAACAAAUUCAUAAAAACAUCUGUGAUACGAUAGAAAAUGAGUUAGCGACAGCAAUUAGACACGCCAACGCUUUCAUUUGCACAGACGCGGAUAAGUGUCAAGAAAAUUGCUUAGACGCACUCAAUGAGUUUUUCGACUGCGAAAUACAAAAGGCCCAAGACAACAUAAUCGCCCAAGCCGAGAAGCAGUACGUCGAUUCCCGCAUCCACGGCAUGAGCAUUCUUAACAACGUGGUUGAGAAGCAGUACGAGAAGAUUGUAUUUGUCAUCGGCUAUAAUAAAGCAAAUGGUGUUAAAGGUAUGUUCAACAUAUUGAAAGAUAAAUUGAUCGUCGAAGUUGGCGAAAUGAAAGACACCAAUCCGUCUCCACCGCAAUCAUCAAGCAGGGCUAAGCAGAAAUCUCCACUCAGCGAAGCCAGCAAACUAUUAAACAAGGGAAUCAUGAGCCUCGUGGGAGCGAUGGAGGAACAAAGGAAAGAAUUUGCUGAGUGGCCCGCUGAAUUUGCUGACCGUAGCAUAAUGUUCCCUGACUCCUCUACGUACGUGGAACUAUUUGCAACUAUGGACACCGUGCUCACUGGGAUUAUGGAUUCUAAUCACUUCGACCACAAAUUCACCGAUAACCUCCAAUCCCUCACCGCCGCCCUGUCCGCCUUCGCUCCCACCAAAUUCGGCGAACGUUCCAGUCCCAUCCUCCAGGCGUUCAAGGACGGCAUCAGCGGUUUGGCAAGGGAGCUUGACAAAUCCUAUGUCAGCACUUACUGCUGCCAACCCUUCGUCGCCACCUUGGUAGAACCUGAAAUCUCUACGGAGGCUGUUCCUGAUGACAAACGCAAAUUGACUCCCUACGGUGAGAAACUGUCAAAGGUGUGUCUCACAACGUUAAGCAUGUUCUUCCAUGAAUUGUAUUACCUGUUCUACCACUGCACUACCAAGUGGCAGGGAUACACAAUCGAUGGUAAAGACGGCAAGAACGAUUUGAAAGAUUUUCUGUUGAAAUCCGGUUAUGAGAUUUACAAUCUUAUAAAUAAGGAUCACGACGCUAGGAACGUUGCCUUACGUCUGAGUAGAGGCUUCAAUCAGAAAGGUGAAUUUGACAAAGCUCCCGAUUCAAAGCUUACCUUCGAAAGAUACUUUACGUCAAUUAGUAAAUUCCAAAAUGUAGUGUCGAAGCUUUUCGGACACCUGGAAACGUAUCUCUGUGUCACUCACCUACGCCAUCUUGACGGUGCAAAGGCGCCUCGCAACAUAUAUCAGAUGCUUCAAUGGUGUUGUGGGCUUCGAUAUAAUCCUAUGUAUGAAGGCGUAUGCGAAUACAUCCGAGAAUUAUUCCCCAAAGUCGAAAAAGGUAAAAAUGAACAGUAUUCCAACGUUCAUCCUGUUCUGCUGAAGCAACCUGCCACCCAGGACUUUAAUGCUCAAGACGUAUACUACAACCUUCAAGACGUCUGCAAACAAACUGAAACUGUGUUGAUCGCCAUACAGGGCCACGGCCACGCGGCUGGCCGGUACGCGGUUGACUUCAGCACUAAUGAGGACAAGCUAUUAUAUCCAAACAAGCCAUCGCAGUGCUUCGAUCAGCUCUUCGCAAUAUUAUGUAGGCUUCACCAGCAACUGUACUUCUUAUGUUCACAGGUCCACAACGGCACUGAAAGCAGCGGAUGGCGUGACUGCUGGUAUGGCAGAUACGUUGGUGGUUCGGCAUGGGACUGCAAUACCCAUCAAUGUGCUGACCAAAAGUGCAACCAAACACGUAACCAAAUACAUGACCAAAACGGUGACCAACACCCUAGUUGCGGUUUGAAAUCGCCGCUUCAGUCCUUCCUCGAAGAUGGUCUGCCAGCGUUCCUGCCUCAUUCAAUUGGCAAUAUUGGUUGUAGAAUAACCUGUAACAUGAGUAACCACUUCGGCAAACCAUGCAAAACGCCGAUGGGCUUUACCGAUAUUACCACCGUCGCAUCGCAUACCAUGAAAGGUGAGCAUCUCAAAGCCGUUCUACGACAUUUCUGCGGCUAUCAAGUUUCCGCCCUCAGCAAGCUGUGCGCUCAACUUAAUUGUCUUCUUGCCACCACACCGAAGACUUUGGAUGAUUUGUUCAGUUUCUUCUUCAAUUUCCUGUAUCACUGGAAUCACAGAGGGCAAGAGCACAAGAAAGAAGCAUUUAAUAAAGCAAUCAACAAGGCAUAUUUCGAGAAUCCCUAUGACCUUAAUCCCACUACCAUUCUUAACAGUAGCCAUCAUCACGACAGAUCCGGAAAUAAUAAUCAUCUUACUGGCGAUCUAUUUAGCCUUGUCUAUUGCAAUUAUGCAACCGAUGCAUCAGUGCGACCGUGUGGUUACUAUUUGAAACCACUUAGUGAGGACAUCAGCUGUAUAUUUUCCUAUAGAAAUGCCGACAAAUAUCUUUCUUGGGUUGUAUACCUUACCGAAACCUUCUAUAAUCUUCUUCACCAAUUGUGGAAGGAAUGUUGCGACAACUGUACGUCGCCUGGAUCCAAAUGCCAUGGUAAAGUUUGUAUCGAGAAUUGUCCAUUAAGCAAUGAGAAGCCACAAAGCAGCGACAACCAUGACCCAGGCUGCAAAUCCAUAGUGCAGUGCCCUGCUACUCGUCCUACAUUAUCGAAAUAUGGAUUUACAUUAUAUAGUCCACACAAGCUUACUGGCGCGGGGACGUUUGCAAAUCAGAAAAGAACAUGCAAAGAUUUCUGCGACGCACUGAAAAUCAUAGUUGGCGAAAAUUCAGUACUCAUCGAUUUACGACAGCGGAUCGACAACUUCAUUUGGACCAUCAGAGAACCGUUCACCUAUCUCGUCCUGGCACUUUGGUCGCUAUCUCUCUUCUACCUCCUCUGCGUAAUGGUUGGCAGACUGGAUGUGCUCCACAUACGCUCACACCUGAGGAUACCGUCGUCGCACAAGAUAACAGCGCAAUCAUUGUUGGCAGCAGCGCAAGUCGGAAGGCUUGCCAAGAUAUCGUACCUGCAACCGUGA